GGGGACCGCCCCCCGCGCUUGCGCACAGGCGCCGCCCCCGAAGUUUGUUGUUGUCCCAGACGUUUGUGGCGGUGGCAGCUGGCUCCGGUCACCGCGCCACCAUGGCGGUGCGACAGGCACUGGGCCGAGGCCUGCAGCUGGGUCGGGCGCUGCUGCUGCGCUUCGCGCCCAAGCCCGGCCCGCUGUUCGGCUGGGGGAAGCCCGGCCCCGCGGCGGCCUGGGGCCGCGGAGAGCGCCCAGGCCAGGUCGUAAGCCCCGGAGCACAGCCUCGGCCGGUCGGGCUCCCCCUCCCGGACCGCUACCGCUUCUUCCGCCAGUCGGUAGCUGGGCUGGCGGCGCGGAUCCAGAGGCAGUUCAUGGUGCGGGCCCGGGGCGGCGCAGGCCCUUGCGGCCGAGCGGUCUUCCUGGCCUUCGGGCUGGGGCUGGGGCUGAUCGAGGAGAAGCAGGCGGAAGGCCGGAGGGCCGCCUCGGCCUGUCAGGAGAUCCAGGCAAUUUUUACACAGAAAACCAAGCGCGUGUCUGACCCACUGGACACUCGAUGCUGGCAGGGCUUCCGUCUGGAGGAUUAUCUGAUAGGGCAAGCCAUUGGCAAGGGUUGCAAUGCCGCUGUGUAUGAAGCCACCAUGCCCACGCUGCCCCAGCACCUGGAAAAGGCCAAACACCUUGGCCUUAUAGGAAAGGGCCCGGAUGUCGUCCUGAAGGGAGCAGACGGGGAGCAGGCUCCAGGGACUCCCACCUUUCCCUUUGCCAUCAAGAUGAUGUGGAAUAUCUCGGCAGGUUCCUCCAGCGAAGCCAUCUUAAGCAAAAUGAGCCAGGAGCUGGUCCCGGCAAGCCGCGUGGCUUUGGCUGGAGAGUAUGGAGCAGUUACUUACAGAAGAUCCAGAGAUGGUCCCAAGCAGCUUGCCCCACACCCUAACAUCAUCCGGGUUUUCCGCGCCUUCACCUCAUCUGUGCCCCUCCUGCCGGGGGCCCUGGCUGACUAUCCUGAUAUGCUGCCCCCACACUACUACCCAGAAGGCCUGGGCCACGGUCGCACACUGUUCCUCGUUAUGAAGAACUACCCCUGUACCCUGCGCCAGUACCUUGAGGAGCAGACUCCCAGUUCUCGCCUGGCUACCAUGAUGACCUUGCAGUUGCUGGAGGGCGUGGACCAUCUGGUUCAGCAGGGCAUUGCCCAUCGGGAUCUCAAGUCCGACAACAUCCUUGUGGAGUGGGACUCAGCUCUACUUCAAGAGAGGACUCCCCUCCAUCUCAUGGAUGGCUGUCCCUGGCUAGUGAUCUCAGACUUUGGCUGCUGCCUGGCUGACCAGCAUGUUGGCCUGCGGCUGCCUUUCAACAGCUCCAGUGUAGAGCGUGGUGGCAAUGGCUCCCUGAUGGCCCCUGAGGUGUCCACAGCCCAUUCUGGCCCCAGUGCGGUAAUUGACUACAGCAAAGCCGAUACCUGGGCUGUGGGGGCCAUCGCCUAUGAAAUCUUUGGGCUUGCCAAUCCCUUCUAUGGCCAAGGCAGUGCCCACCUCGAGAGCCGCAGCUACCAGGAAGCUCAGCUGCCUGAGAUGCCUGAGUCGGUGCCUCCAGAGGCAAGACGGCUGGUGAGGUCACUGCUCCAGCGAGAGGCCAGCAAGAGACCGUCUGCACGCUUAGCUGCAAAUGUGCUGCACUUAAGCCUCUGGGGCGAGCAUCUUCUAGCCCUGAAGAACCUGAAAUUGGACAAGAUGAUCGCCUGGCUCUUGCAGCAGUCAGCAGCCACUCUGCUGGCUGACAGGCUGAGAGAGAAGAGCUGCGUGGAGACAAAGCUGCAGAUGCUGUUUCUGGCUAACCUGGAGUGUGAGGCUCUCUGCCAGGCAGCCCUCCUCCUCUCUUCCUGGAGGGCAGCCCCAUGAUGGCUCUGUGCUCCAGUUACUAAAAGACUAAGGGGCAUCUGUGUCCUGAUGUCAUGACAGUAUACGAAGGCUGAAGAAGGUGGCUUGGCUGGGUGGGCAGGAGUCAGGGGACAAGCUGGAGUAGAGGGAGGGGCUGGUCAGCCUUGGGCUCAGCAAAUGGGAAGAACAGCCUUGAACAGCUCAGGAGGGAGAGAGGCACUACCUGUGCCCGUCCAGUUAGGUUCUUGGGCAGAAUUAAGACAUCAGGCCAGACCAGGAGUUGGUAAGCUAUAGAGGGCCAGACAGGGAAUGAAGUAGUUGUAAUGACUAACCUAUCACUGAGGCAAAGGCCAAGCAAGCACUGCAGUGAGGCCAACACUGAACUUUGCUUGUCGUCAAUAAGUUCUGCUCAUUUUUCCCAACCACUUAGAAAUGCAAAAACAUAGGUUUAAUUUGUAAGCAGCAACCAGCAUGGCUCAUAGUCAAAUUUACCAAUUCCUGGGCUAAAUGCAUUCUUUAUGUCUAACUCUUUAAAGAUGCGAGCAUUAAAGACAGUCUCCAUGCCAAAGA